UAUGAUGUCACUUCCGAUAAGGGGAUGUUGUUAUUUUCUCCCUUUGUAAGCUAAAUUAGCAUUUUCCUCAUUUGUGCUCUUACAUGUUGAUGUUUUCAUUCCCGUAACGACAAGCGAGAGUGAAGGUUCCCGCCGCUGAGAAGAAUAACAGACCAAACAGCCAUAUCAUGUCUGCAGAGCUGGACCUGUCCCCUCCAGAGGUCCCUGAGCCAACCUUUCUAGAGAGCCUACUGCGCUAUGGGCUGUUUCUGGGUGCCAUCUUCCAGCUCAUCUGCAUCCUGGCCAUCAUUUUCCCCACAUCCAAGGGACAUGAACAGGAGGAGACGGAGUCCACUGAUGGCAAGGCAACCGAACAGAUGAAGAAACCUAAAGGACCAGCACCUCAGAUUCGACAGAAACCAAAGAAAGAAAGCAAAAAGAAGCGAUAGAUAGCACUGUGUGUGGGUAUUUGUGCAUUGUUACCUGCUUGUGUGAAAGUGUAUAUGUAUAGUCAUCAGUGAAUCAACAUUGGCAAUUACCAGUGCAGUUGUCACUACAAGUAUAUGAAACACUAAUGUCAUAUUACAACAAUAACAAAUGAUGUGCAUUUAAUUUGAGACACUUCAUAAUGCCCUUCAACUGUGUGUCUUACUCACAUUCAACAUAGUAUUACAAAGAGCAAAUAAUCAUGGCGUUGCUGACUGUUUAUGCAGCUACGUAUUUUAUUGGGCGCAUUCGUUUUGCAUUUAUUUUCUUUUAUAAUUGAAUAUCAUUGAAUUGUAUUUGCAUUACAACAACAAAUAAACACAUUGAGUAGUCAUUCACCAUAGCUGUUCAUAUUAAUUGGUAAAUGGUUGGAUUAAAUGAGUCAGAAUGAGAUCAUAUUCUGUCCUUAUAUUUACUCCCUUUGGAUGGCAGAAUACAUCAUGACUUCCUUAUAAAGCUACAGUUUUGUGGUACAACUGCAGGCAAGAUUGCACUCACACAAACAGUGCGGACAGACGGGAAAGUACUGAAACACAAUUUUGUUUGGUGUAUUUGUGCUCUUUAUACGGAGUCUGAGCUAUCUGGGGUGAUUGAAAAACUGCAUUACCAAAAUGCAUAUUACUUAUCUGUAAUUACUGGUAUAUUUGAAAAAAAAUGGAAAUGUAUGUAUUUAUGUAAGUCAAGCCAAGACUGUAUCCAGAGGGGUAAUUAGUUUGUAUGUAAGCCGAUUAUUAAAAACUUAUAACAGCCAA